UAAAGGCUGCACAGGGUUAACUUUUCUCUCCUCGACUCCUUGCGCUUAUCCUCUCAUAAUGAGAUAUGCCUGCCAGGCAUAGCCAACCGUAUAAGCCAGGCGGAUUCUUCAGCGCAAACAACGAAAUGCCGUUAAUUUAAAAGACUGGAGGUCGUUGUCUACAUCUAGUAUUUCUGUUUAAAGCGUUGCUGGAAUGGACCGCUAUAGCCUAAUUGUCAACGUCUUCGGCGCCUGUCGAAACGACCUUGAUACAGGGGAGGCCUGUUUGAAUAUGUCUGCCGAUAUGCGAGGAUGCUCGACUCACUCAAUUUAAACUAUGUGGAUAACGCUUUGUCAUGGACCGCUAGAUUUUCAUCAUUGUAGGCUAUCAGGUGAGAAUGGGACAGACGUCAUAUUACUCGAAGUAUUUCUCUAACCAGUGGAAUAGGCUAUAGCCUAUAGUCCCCAUAGCCUACUUCGAGGCUGAAUUAUCUCAGCUGUGAACCAUGUGUUAGCUUUCUGGAUUAGUCAUGGCUAUCAUCACAUGUUUAUUCAACGACAUUGUGUGAUAGAAUAGGUUCUUCAUUUACACUAGUAAGGUAUAACCUUAUUUCGCUGACAUCAUGGCCGAUCAGAGCAGUAUUCAGUCUGCUGCUUCGAAAAGUAUACGCCCAUUUAAAUCAAGUGAGGAAUAUCUCUAUGCCAUGAAGGAAGAUCUAGCUGAGUGGCUGAACAUGCUGUACGACUUGGACAUUUCUGCAGAGACGUUUAUGGAGAGCUUGGAGACUGGUUGUGCUCUCUGCCGUCAUGCCAACAACGUAAACCGUGCAGCGCUAGAUUUUGUAUCGUCCUUCCCAAAGACAACACUACGGAUGCCAAAGAAAGAUGUGGUUUUCCAGUCUCGUAACGUCAUGCCAGGCUCAUUUCUGGCCCGGGACAACGUGUCAAACUUCAUCGGAUGGUGUCGUCAAGAAUUGGGGAUCAAAGACGUGCUGAUGUUUGAAACCAAUGAUUUAGUUGAGAGGUGUAAUGAGAAGAAUUUUGUGUUAUGUUUGCUGGAAGUUGCGCGCCGCGGUGCCAAAUUUGGAAUGCUGGCCCCUAUGCUGAUUCAGCUCGAGGAGGAGAUUGAAGAGGAGAUUCGGGACCAAGAGAAUUUAAGGAAGCAGAGUCCUCCCAGGAAAACUGUAAGUCGAAAGGACAGUGUUGAAGACCUACACCCACCUUUGUUGGAUCAGUGGCAUCAGAAACAAAGAGUGCUGUGUGAUAUGCGCAACUUGGACGAGCUGGUCCGUGACAUUUUGGGCCAGUGCUCUUGUCCUGCCCAAUUCCCCAUGAGCAAAGUUUCAGAGGGGAAAUAUAAAGUUGGUGAUUCCAGUGCUCUGAUCUUCAUUAGGGUCCUGCGUACUCAUGUGAUGGUUCGUGUGGGAGGGGGCUGGGACACAUUAGAGCACUACCUGGAUAAACAUGAUCCUUGCCGCUGCACUGCUUUUGCUCACCGCUAUCAGCAGGCUAAAGCUGGUGGUCAAGGUUCCCACAGCAAGUCCUCUAGUGCCCAUUCUUCACGUUCCACUAGCCCUGGGCCUCACUGGCGAAAUGAAAGUAUUGCCUCUAGGACUUCUGAGAGGCAAUCCUUGGAUCCCUCCGGAACCUCCUCAUCUCCUUGUCGACAGGGCCGCUCCCACCGUCCUUCCAUUUUAACAGAGAGGGAAUUCAGUACAGGCUGUACACCCACACUCUUGUCACGGCCAAGCCGGGACCAUUCGGAACCUCGACACUUCAAGCCUUUCAGGAAUAAAGAAUCGUUAGUGCCAGUGACACGGAGGCUGUCUGGUGGCAGUGACUCAUCAACAACGUCUUCCAAAGGCAGCUGUGGUCUACGUGCAGGUGGAGAGGAAAUGGUUCUGCUUGUCAAUCGCAAGGAGGGACGGCAUGUGAUUGAAAGGGUUGGUGGACAGGAUGAGUUUGCUGUUCCGCAACCUCCUCAGGCACGUACAAGAAACACUUCUCGAGACCGCCCCACACAGACAUCCCAAUCUCCCCGUCGUCACAGCCCACUUCACGUGUAUACAGAGGGCCAUCAAACCACACCUUCUGAACAGAACCAUUCUCAGUGCCCUGAGAGUCCAUGUCAUCUCCAGACUACUCACUCUCCCAGUCAAGAUAAGAGGUUGUCUUCCCGUAGUUGCAAUAGUAUGGAGGAUUUGCGUGCUAAGCAAACAACUUCUAUCUGUUGUAGGGCUAGUGGUGGUAGUGGUAACUCCUGGAGACCGAUUUCCACCACUGCCUCCACUUCCCCAGUCAGAGGAGCUUCCUGUAAUAGGAGUGGAAGCCCUGCAAAGAAAGGAUUGACGACACCUCGUCCUCCAUUACAAACACCAUCUAUUGGCAAGGGUAAACUGCUACCGCCUGUGUCACAGCCAGGACGACAUUCUCCACAGUCAUCUUAUCGCUCUUCCCAUCACCACAAUCAUCCUCCAAGAUCCCCACGUUCCCAGAACUCUCGUACAUCUUCACGCACCCAGAGAAGUAGAUCUAACCCAAGGCCCUCUCUUCGGACUGAAUCCCAGGAUGGGCCAUCAGGACAGGGUUACAGUUUACAACAUUUACCCAGCUUGGAUCCCCAGAAGGAAGAAGACCUGUACCGUAGCUUUGAGGCAGAGUAUCUGGCCAACACUCAGCAACAGCUGGCCAGGUCUGGUCCAGACAGAGGUACAGUGAGGAAGGACAUACUUCCAAUUUCCCAACAGUUACAAGAGCAGCACUUUACCCUGUGUGUCCUUCCUACACCAACCAUGGGGGAUUUGAAUGUGACAGAUUCAGCCUACUCCUCCUCUUGUUCCUCCACUUCCUCUCUAAAUGUUGGGGGGAAACCGUUUGGACUAUUUCCAGACCUGAAAGAGGUGAAAAAGACUAAACAACAGCCGUGUAUCCUGAAUGAUCCCACCACCUUUUCUCAGAACCAGACUUCAGAAAUGCUAUCUGACAGCAAACAAUGGAGUGACUGCGACAGAGGUCUGAAGAGAUUGCCUGCCAUUUCCAGUUUAAUGGAAGAUUGUGAGGUGGGUUUUAAUCACUCACAGCACCAGUCACACCCAGCACUUGUACCUAGACCACUGAAUGGGUCCCCUGGUCUGUACCACAGGCCAACUGAGAUUUUGUUGAAUGGACAGCCAGAUACAUUUAACCAAAGGGAUGUGGAAGCAGAUGCCUCUCAAGAGGAAUUCACUGCAGACAUGCCUUAUGAUUUGGACCACAACCCAAAUAAAGAUCUUCCGCUUCUUACUUGCCCCUUGCCUGUUCCACCACUCAGUGAUGAUUCCUUGUUACAGAACUCCUGUGAGAGCUCAUCCAUGUGCUUCAGUGCGCCACUCUCAGAUGGUAUCACCACCCCAUCCCACUCACUUGCCAAUGGUGACAUGGAGAAUGCCGCAGCUCUGCGGGCCAGGAGGGGUCAGAAGAAGACUGAGUGGAUGCCCUCCAUUUAUAAAAUGAAGCUGAGACCACGAAUCCGGCCACGUACGGACAACCGGCCAGACAAUAGUCCAUCUCGUAUUCCUACCCCUAUUGGCAGAGAUACACAACAACAGCAGCAUGAAACUAGCCUGCCCCCUUUGCACACUUCAUCGGAGUCUCCUCACUUCUCCUAUUCCAAUGAGUAUUCAUCAUCUAGAAAUGUUCUCCAUCAAGCUAUCACAGACCUUCUUCAUCCUCAGUCCUGCUCUCCAAGCAUGGGCCCAAAGGAUUGCUCUUAUUCCCCUCCAUCCAACCUGGACACAGAAGCAUGUAUGUAACAGAAUUAGUUGAUGUAAAUAAGGAUUUCCUAUUUCCUAUUAACUUUGGUUGGGGUGCUGUCUAGGGUCUACUCUGUUUAAAGGAACCCCGACUAGUACGACAUGUUGGCCUUAUAAGAUUAACGUUGGCGUCAGCUAUAAAAAAAGGUGGUAUAAAAACAUUCCAAAUGUUUUAGUUUUUAUUAAAUCAGGAGGAUAACGCGGAAGAUGGUACUCGAGAUUUACAUGAAAAUGAAGACAAGUGGUGAGAGGUGAGGAAGCGAGAGUGGGGCAAAAUCGAUGGUGUCUGUCCAGCAACUGCUUGCCAAUGACAACCGAGAAUGAGAGUGUUUGUUGUAAAGAGCUCCACUUUUUUUGUCAGCAGCUGUCCAGGGUAAGCAUAGAUCAAACUAUCAUAUGAUAUAACGUUCAGGUUCAAACUGAAAAGGCUGAACGUGUUAAUCUCACUGUAACCUAGGCUUACUGUCAAGACCUAGCCAGCAACCUUAACACGUCACUCACUACCCAGAAAGCAUUGAGACGUACAUAACCAUGGCGUCCUACGAGUGAACGGGUUUUCUACAUUUUUUAAUAAAAACUAAAAACAUUUGGAGUGUUUUUAUACCACCUUUUUUAUAGCUAACGCCAACGUUAAUCUUAUAAAGCCAACAUAUCGUACGACUUUGUGAAUGGAAGCUAUUUUAUUUAAGCAUCACAAAAAUUACAUGGUGCAUUGUUAUGAUGAGUUUUUUGAAACCUUAUGAGUUGCCCAAUUAAAAGAAGCAACAAGCACUUUUGACAGCCAUGGAUGUGUUUGAAUUUUGGAUUGUUUUCAGGGUGUCAGACAACCAGGUGUUGCCUGACAUGAAUUGAUUUGUUUUGUAUGUUAUUUCAUCAUUUACUUUACGAUUGAGCAAAAAAAAAUACUGAGUAAAAAAAUACUAUCAUACGCAAUACUGUACAUGUUGGGUCUCACACAUUUAAGGCCAAACUUUAUUAUUAUCAUAAUUGUGGCUGUUGCCUUGUUCAUGCAGCAGCAUAUACAGUAGUGCUUGUUUGCAAAAAAGUGCAAUGUUUAUAGAAUGACCAUAAUGCAAUUCCUAAUUCUUUUUCUGAAGGUGAUUUUGAUGUGUUUAUUUGCAUUUGCCAAGGCAACAGACAUGUACAUUUUAAUAAAAGGCCUGUAACAGGAUAAAAGAGCUAUGUAAUACUUCUGUUAUUAUGCUUUUAGAAUUACAUAUAGUGUUAUGUUAUUUUUUUGUUUAUUUCACAACAAUCCCAAUUGAAACUUUAAACAUUAAACAUGUACAACUAAGACCAAAUAUUAUGUAGUCUACCCACCAUAGUUUUAGCCUGGCUAACGCCAAACCUCAUCUCAUUGAGAUGUGGUCUGGGAACUAUAAAUUUAUUUUCUCGUAUUUGAAAUGUGGUUUACGAAUGCCCAGAGCCGUUUAUUUGGCGCUACAAAUGUCUAUCAGAUGCACCUGUAGU